GCAUGCGUGGAGGAUAUGCGCUUUGCGGCAAAGUCCUCCUUUACUCCACACACGCUUCUAAGCCUCGGCACAUCUCCUCACAUCGCUACUAACUACACUUUAUUCAUCCUCCGUGUCAGGAUAAACUCCACUCGUCUCAGUCAACUUUGGAGAUUAUUAGGCCCGCUUAGCUUGCUAGUUGUUUUAGCGCGCUAGUUAGCUCAGCGUACUAGUUAGCUUAGCUUGUUAGCUGCUAACAAAGCGACGCGGAUUUGAUCAACACAUCGCUUAGUUAAGAACAAGUGUGAGUGUAAAGUGUUGUGAUUGUGUGAAAAUGUGCGAAAAGUGUUGUGAUUGUGUGAAAAUGUGUGAAAGAACGAUAGCAGAGUACAAAGACGAACUUUUUCGGACAAAAGAAGAGAACAAAAGACUACGUCAACUACUGGAGGCUGUUUUCAAGAAACCUCAAGUUGUGUUACACAGAACAGGUACACAGAAUAUGCGAACCCAGGACCCUCGGCUACAUUGGUGGCAGCGGUGGGAUUUUAACCGCUGUGUUGAAAAAAAGAAGAAAGUGUUACACAGGACUCACGUCUGUGAAAUAUAUCAUCCACCUGAGCAGCAGGAGGGGUCCUCCAGUGUGGAGCAGAAGAGGUCACAGCACCUCCACGUGAAAGAAAAAGAGCCACAGUCCUCCCACAUUAAGAAGGAAGAGGAAUACCCACUUAUCCCCCAUUUUAAAAAGGAAGCGGAGGACCCACUGACACCCCAUUUUGAAGAGGAAGAGGAGGACCCACUGACACCCCAUUUUGAAGAAGUGGUGGAUCCACUAAGCCCUCACAUUAAGGAGGAAGAGGUGGACCCACUGACCCCUCACAUUGAGGACGAAGAGGAGGACCCCCUGACCCCUCACAUUAAAGAGGAAGAGGAGGAACACAGCAUCAGUCAGCAGGGAGAGCAUCUUGAAGGACUGGAGGAGGUUGAUGUCACCAAGAUGCCAGUGACUGGUGUCCCUGUGAAGAGUGAAGAUGAUGAGGUCAAAGGUGAAAGUGAGGAGAAGAGAGAGGCGGAGCCUCCAAGCAGCAGCUCAACUCAACACAUGACAACAGAAGCUGAUGGAGACCACUGUGGAGGAUCACAAGCAGACAAGCUCUUAGCUCCACUAUCAGAUAGUGAGGACACAACGUCACACUCUCCUGACACUGAUGAUGAAGACUCUAAAGAUGAUAAGACAUGUCACACUGACAACACACACUUCACAUGUUCUCACUGCGACAAAACCUUUAAAUACCAUUGUCAUCUGAUAGAACACAUGAGAAUACACACUGGAGAAAAACCUUUUUCGUGUUCAAUCUGCGGUAAAGCUUUUACGCAAAGGCCCAAUUUCCAAGCACACAUGAGAAUACACACUGGAGAAAAAAAAUUUUCCUGCUCAGAAUGUGGUAAAAGUUUUGUAAGCAAUGGAAAUUUGAAAUCACACAAGAGAACACACACUGGAGAAAAACCUUUUUCCUGCUCAGAAUGUGGUAAAAGUUUUGCAGUAAGUCAAAGUUUAAAAGAUCACAUGAGAACACACACUGGAGAAAAACCUUUUUCGUGUUCAAUCUGCGGUAAAGCUUUUACGCAAAGGCCCAAUUUCAAAGCACACAUGAGAAUACACACUGGAGAAAAAACUUUUUCCUGCUCAGAAUGUGGUAAAAGUUUUCUAAUAAAUCAAAGUUUAAAACAACACAUGAGAAUACACACUGGAGAAAACCCCUUUUCCUGCUCAGAAUGUGGCAAAAGUUUUGUAAAAAAACAAAAUUUAAAAGUACACAUGAGAAUACACACUGGAGAAAAAACUUUUUCCUGCUCAGAAUGUGGUAAAAGUUUUGCAAAAAAUCAAAAUUUACAAGUACACAUGAGAAUACACACUGGAGAAAACCCUUUUACCUGCUCAGAAUGUGGUAAAAGUUUUCUAAUAAAUCAAAGUUUAAAAGUGCACAUGAGAACACACACUGGUGAAAAACCUUUUUCAUGUUCAAUCUGCGGUAAAGAUUUUACUCGAAGGGACAAUUUCAAAGCACACAUGAGAAGGCACUCUGGUGAAAAAACAUACUCCUGUUCAAGCUGCAACCAAAGUUUCCGUUACCUAUACACUCUUAGAGUACACAUGAGAACACACACAGGAGAGAAAGUGUUGAGUUGCAGUGUGUGUGGUGAAAGAUUCUCUUCUGAGUACCAGUGUAAGAAACACAAGUGUGCUGGUGAGAACAGCAGCAGCAAAUGAAGAUGCAGGAUUUGAAAUGAACUGUCAAAACUUUAACUUUCUAACAACAUCAGCACAUAUAACAUGUGUGACAUCAUUGUUGUGUGUGUAACACAAUCUUGUUAAUAUGAUUCUAACAUUUAUAGAUUAGACACUUCAGAUUAGUGCUUUUAUUUCAGUCAAGUACAUGAGUUAAUAUACACAUUUGUGUACUUUAAAAUGAACAGAACAAUUUGACUGAAAAGGUGAGAAUAAACAGCACAUAAAAUAUGUUACAUACAAUAAACCUUUUUUUGUGUAGAUAUUCAUAAUUCACUUUUAUACUUAUUCAUUAUAGUGUUUUUGUAUAAGUUUUUCGAAAUAAUGAAGUGUUACAUACAGUAUUUUAUUUUCUAUUUGUGGAUAAUUCUAAAGAUUAACUCCUUUAUAUGAUGUACAUAUUUGUUUUACAUGUGCUCAUACCUUUGCUUUUGAGUACACAUAAAUCCCUCUUAGUUCAUAUUUACUGGUUCACAUCUUAAACAUCUUCUGGACCACUUCUGGAAGCAUAUUAUUAUUUACUUUAUACAUAAUUUGAACAGUUGUCUUUUAUACAAGAUCAUUUACUUUUAAAAUGUGUGACUUUAUGAAUCAUUUGUUGGGUCUCUAUAAUCCAUUCUAUUAAUUGUCUUUAUUACUCUCUUGUGUAAUAUGAAUAUUGUUGUGUGAUUGUUUUAUAUGUAUGUCCCCAGACCUUUAUGCAAUAAACAAUGUAUGCUUCAACUAAAGUUGGGUACAAUAAAUGUAGUUAAUAUU